GUUGAAGGCUGAAUCAGAACACGAAUAGAAAGAAUUGGCUGGAGGAAGCGUAGGUGAGUUAUCACGGUGGAGAUGGAAGCACCGCAGUCGCAGUCACAGAUGCAGGUGCAGGUGCAGUUGCAGGGUAACAGCAGCCCCAAUCCUAACCCUAACCUUAGCCCGAUUCGGAGUACGGGGGGAAUUUGGCCAACAAUCGACGGACCUCUGGGGCUGUCGGAGGAAGAAUCAGUGAGCUACGCGCGGCGGUUCUACAAGUUCGGGUUCGCACUUCUUCCUCUUCUUUGGGCCGUUAACUGCUUCUACUUCUGGCCCGUCCUUCGGCACUCUCGCUCCUUCCCUCGCAUUCGUCUCUCUCUCUCUCUCUCUCUCUCUCUCUCUCUGUGUGUGUGUUGAAAUUAUAUUGUAGGAUCAGCAGUUGGGUUCACAGUAUUCUCGGCGCUUCUCUGUACCUGGGCUCUAACAUUUUCGCUUGGAGGGGAACGCCUCUUUGGGCCGGUCUGGGAUCAAUUGGUUAUGUACAAUCUUGCUGAUAGGUUAGGUUUAACAGCCUGGAGCUAGUUGUGUUGUGUGUGGCACCUCUAGGCCUUUAAUCACGAAUGAAGAAAAUAUGUUGAUGCCUGUAUCUAGUUACUUGGAUCUAUACUUACUGAGACAUUGAUUUA